GGCGGUCGGCUGUCGCGUGCAGUAUCGGAUCGGGGAUUCUGGACAGGAUCUGGUUGCUAAUGCUAGCACUACUGCACUGACAUGUUCGGCCGGUGAAAUGGCGAGUCGCCGACACUCGCAAGACGCAACCUACCUUCAACUAAUUACUUACUUCAAUCAUUAUCAUCGGUUGUGUCGUUGAAGGACAGCUGUCAUUAUUGUUUUCGCUAAAUUUUGGUUUGGUUGAGCCGACAUCGGGAGCUUGAAGUACUCGUCGUACCGGUUGCCUAGCUAGCUGUGCUGCUGAAAUGGCCAGCUCUGCCAGAAUCGCUUCAGCUGCUCGACGACCGCUAAGUUUGUCGACAACGUCGGCGUUCCUUCGGAGUCCGGCACGUCGAGCAGCUGCAUCGCUAACGUCGACGGCUGCAUCGUCCCAGGUCCGAGGCGUGCAUACUAGCUGCACGGUGUCUUGCUGUGCGCAGGCAUCGACAACACGAGGGCGGCCUGGCGCCGGUGUGGGGCGCACAGGGCCAGGUGGCAGCAGCAGCAGCAGCUACCGCGCUGCUCUACAAUCAGUAUCCGGCAGUGCGCCAAUGAGAACGAUGGCAACGUCAUGUGAGCGGAUGAACACAGCGCCAAACAGCGAUCAGUCCAAAUUUCAGGGGUACGGCACGAAGAGCAAAGACUACGUUAACAAGGAGGCGGCCAAAGGUACACCUAAGCAUGCUUCCAAGCCAGGUGCAAAGGAUUGGAGUAUGGAAAGUGGAGCAUCGGGUGCUCUGUUCCCCAAACCCACGAGUGCGUCCGAAUGGCAGCAGUUCCGACUCAGCCCAUCGGAUGUGCAGCGUUAUCAUCGCGAUGGCUACAUCUCCAACGUACGUGUGUUAUCAGAGGAGCAAUGCGACCGUUUGCUGGAUGACUACUCGUUGUUCUUGGACGAAGAGAAUCCGCACGAGGGCCAUGGCUUCUUCUACGAGUACCAUCGAAAUCAGAGCGGCGACCCGAACAAUGUCUUACUGCACACACUAGGUCACUGGAGAAUCACUCAGCUCUUCCACGACCUGGUCUACUUACCAUCUAUUGCUGUAGCGGCCUCGCAGCUGCUGGACCCGGAGAAUCGAGACGAGUGCACGGUGCGCCUCUGGCACGACCAGCUCUUCGGCAAGCCGCCUAAUCAUGGCGGUGUUGUGGCAUGGCAUCAAGACUAUUCGUACUGGAACCGCACCAUGCCCAUGAGACACCUCACGGUUCACAUUGCUCUAGAUGACCAGACGGACGAGCCGGAUAACGGAUGCCUUCGCUUUGUCCCUGGAUCCCAUAGAUGGCAUCGCAAUGGGAACCCGUUGCCGAUAACGGAUGCAACCUUCGGCAAUAUGGACUCGAUCAAGGCGGCACUGACUGCCGAGGAGCUGGCGCAGUUCCGUCACGUGCCCGGCAAGAUGAAGAAAGGAGAGGCUAGCUUCCAUCAUCCACUCGUCGUACAUGGGUCCUUCUCCAACCGAACACCUUCACCCCGUAGGGCGUGUGUCGUCAACUACAUCGGUGACGGAGUGAUCUCCAACACGGACGACUGCUUGCUGGCCGGCACCGAUCCUGUUCCCAAGGGUGAACGAGUCCAGGGCCGCUUCUUUCCCGUUGUCUUCGACCCUGCCUGGGCUAAAUGACUCUCCUCGACUGCACGCUACCAGUGGAGCGCACAACCCAAGGCUCGCGUGAUCACCGGUAUGGUCGGAGCCUAGGCUGCACUCCGUGCUGUUCUGUGUGGGUGCAUGUGUGUGCAUGUUCACGAGCAACUCUCUGUCGGCCUUGUUAUUGUUCCUCUCUCUCUGUCUGUCUGUGUUUAUUUCGGUCUCAGCACGAUGUACCCCCCCCCCCCCCCCCUUAUUUCUUGGCCUAGCAGACAGAAGAAGGGCACCGGAGCUCUCUUCCUCGCAGUACACGCACGUCUGCAUGUCUACACAAUUUUUUCUUGCCACAUCACAUCCACACAUCAGCAGUUUCUGCACCUGUAUACUGGGCAUCCUCCUCCUCCCCCCCCCCCCCCCCCACACGCUUAUAGACCUUAUUCGAUAACGUGACUUUUGGACUCGCCUCCAGGGAUUUGUCAUAAGCUAGGGCACGCGUACGAGAAACGAGUGGCAAGAAAGGCCCAGUUUGUACAAAAGAGUAGCAAAAUACCGGUAUUUAUCCACUCCUAUGUUCGCACACAGAGUCCACUGUGCACUGAGCGCAGAUCUCUUGCCACUCCCUGGUUCCCGGGACCCCGGUUCACGUGAUUGUGACGUUUAUCGAAUAAGGUCUAUAGAUUGAAGUUAUUUCUUGGCCUUGCAUACAGAGGAAGAAGGGCACCGCUCUGGAUCAUUGUGAGUAUUAUUGUCUCUUCAUAGGUUUGUUGGUUUGUUCUCAAAGUUCUAAUCGUCCCACUUCUGGUGUCCCAUUUUAGCUUUUUUUCUCAGCUUCAACUUCACAAUCCUAUUAAUUUUUCAAAGUACACGUAUUUCGAAUAAUUCUACCUCUCAUUCUCCCUGUCAUAGGCACAGCAUAUUUUAAAGUGGUGGGACUGGUUCCUGCCGCUAACUUUGAAUCAGUGCUUCAUGCAUGUCAUCACAAAAAAACUACUGAUAUUUUGCAAUUUAUGCCGCGGAAGCUGGCUCUUCCGCGUGAAAAUGUC